AUGCUUCUCUUGCAACCUCCACUCGUUUCAUCUCGAUUUCAUUCACUCUACUUCACCACUCGUCCCCACCACUGCUUCUUCCAACCGCCGAUUUCUGCUGCUUUCUCUGCAACCGCCUCUUGUUCGCCAUCAUCAUCAUCAUCAUCAUCAUCAUCUUCUUCUUCUUACUUCUCUUCGUGGAAUGGUUUGGACGCGAGUGAAGAAGACAACGAGCACGACGAAUUCUCCUCCGAGGUUCGUCGUCGCUACGACUUCUCUCCGCUUCUGAAAUUCCUCUCCAGAUUCGGACCAGUGGAGUUGAUUCUGGACUCGGAAGAUUCGGAAUCCUCGCCGGAAUCCCUCGAUCCGGUGGAAUUCGAGCUCGCCGAGUCAUACAAGGCGGUUCCGGCACCGUACUGGCACUCGUUACUAAAGUCCUUAUGCUCAUCGUCGUCUUCCCUCGGUUUAGCCUACGCCGUCGUCUCCUGGUUACAAAAGCAUAACCUCUGCUUCUCUUACGAGCUUCUCUACUCGAUUCUCAUUCACGCGCUUGGUCGCUCCGAGAAGCUCUACGAAGCGUUCCUCCUCUCUCAGAAACAGACGUUAACGCCUCUGACUUACAACGCCUUGAUUGGAGCCUGCGCUCGAAACAACGACAUUGAGAAAGCUCUCAAUCUGAUUUCCAGGAUGCGUCAAGAUGGUUACCAAUCCGAUUUCGUCAACUACAGUUUGGUGAUUCAGGCUUUGACUCGUAGCAACAAGAUCGAUUCGGCUCUUUUGCAGAGAUUGUACAGAGAGAUUGAGCGUGAUAAGCUCGAGCUCGAUGUGCAGCUGGUUAACGACAUCAUCACCGGUUUUGCUAAAUCCGGUGACCCGUCUCGAGCUCUGCAGCUUCUCGGUAUGGCUCAAGCGACGGGUUUGAGCGCGAGAACCGCGACUCUCGUCUCGAUCAUCUCGGCGCUUGCGAGCUCCGGGAGGACUUUGGAAGCUGAAGCUUUGUUUGAGGAGCUGAGACAAAGCGGGAUUAAACCGAGAACGAAAGCUUACAACGCGUUGCUUAAAGGAUAUGUGAAGACAGGUCCUUUGAGAGACGCGGAGACGAUGGUUUCGGAGAUGGAGAAGAGAGGCGUCUCGCCUGAUGAGCACACGUACAGUCUUCUCAUCGAUGCUUAUGUGAAUGCAGGGAGAUGGGAGAGCGCGAGGAUCGUGUUGAAAGAGAUGGAAGCUGGCGAUGUGCAGCCGAACUCUUUCGUUUUCAGCAGACUCUUGGCUGGUUAUCGCGAUAGAGGUGAGUGGCAGAAGACGUUUCAGGUCCUCAAGGAGAUGAAGAGCAUCGGAGUUAAACCGGAUAGGCAGUUCUACAACGUGGUGAUCGAUACCUUUGGGAAGUUUAACUGUCUUGAUCAUGCGAUGACGACUUUCGAUAGGAUGCUGAGCGAAGGGAUUGAGCCUGAUCGGGUGACUUGGAACACGCUUAUUGAUUGUCAUUGUAAGCAUGGCCGCCACAUUGUAGCGGAGGAGAUGUUUGAAGCCAUGGAGAAGCGAGGGUGCUUGCCUUGUGCUACGACUUAUAAUAUUAUGAUCAAUAGUUAUGGAGAUCAAGAGAGAUGGGAUGACAUGAAGAGACUGUUGGGGAAGAUGAGUAGCCAGGGGAUACUGCCUAAUGUUGUGACGCACACGACGCUUGUUGAUGUUUAUGGGAAAUCAGGUAGGUUUAACGAGGCGAUUGAUUGCUUGGAAGAGAUGAAGUCUGUUGGGUUGAAACCAUCGUCAACAAUGUACAAUGCUCUCAUCAAUGCCUAUGCACAAAGGGGUUUAUCGGAACAAGCAGUGAAUGCAUUUAGAGUGAUGACAUCAGACGGACUAAAGCCAAGUUUACUGGCUCUCAAUUCUCUCAUCAAUGCCUUUGGCGAGGAUAGAAGAGACGCUGAAGCAUUUGCCGUGUUGCAGUACAUGAAAGAAAACGGUGUAAAUCCAGACGUGGUCACAUACACAACACUCAUGAAAGCUCUCAUUCGUGUUGAUAAGUUCCAAAAGGUACCGGGUGUGUACGAGGAAAUGAUCAUGUCAGGCUGCAAACCAGAUAGAAAAGCUAGAUCCAUGUUACGUUCUGCUCUAAGAUACAUGAAGCAAACACUAAGAGCCUCAUAA